ACAACACUGACUUGCUUGCUUGCCAAAGAUGAAGGUGUUUGCGUUUGCUGCAGUGGUGUGCGCUGCUCUUGUCGCCGUGGCGCUGUGCCCGAUGGGCGCUGAGGCCACCUAUGGCGUGGACGUCUCCCAACAGACCUACGAGAACGCCUGGAGCAAGCCUGAAAUACAACAGGGACAGCUUUGGUGUCAUUCGCUGCUUUAUGUUGACGGGCCACCCGGACCCCAACUGCCCGCACACCAUCUACAAUGCUUGGGAUGGGGGCAUGGAAACGUGGACAUCUACUUCUUCCCUUGCCCCACAUGCGGCAACCCGGCCGGCCAGAUCGACGCCAUGGUCGCCAACCUCCCCAAAUACAAAAUCAAGCCCGGCAACGCCAAUCCGGGCACCUACGGCAUGCUGUGGCUCGAAAUUGAGGGCCCGGAGUACUGGACAAGGAAUCGGCGCCAAACGCAACUUCUUUAUCGGCCUCGUCUCCAGGCAAGGCCGCGGGAACCACCGCGGGGUUUACACCAAGCAAAGCAAUGCAGGGGCGAGUCCCAGUGGUCGCCAAUCAUGGGCGACUGGAGCGGCGGUUCCGCGUUCCCGCUGUGGUAUGCCCACUACGACGGCUCUGCGUCCUUCUCUGACUUCCGCGCGUUUGGCGGCUGGAGCAAGCCCUCCAUCAAGCAGUUUGCCGGUGACGUGUCCAUGUGCGGCGCCGGUGUGGACAAGAACUGGUACCCGUGAGCACGCCUUUAUUCACAUGAUGUGAGCAGCGCGUGUUGGCGUGACCGCCUGCUCGCCCGCUCGCCUCAGCAACAGCAACGACUUCUUGCCAUUCACAUGCGCGUGUGCGAAAUCAUGGUCUUCCCCCUUCUCUCUUCUGUUUUCUUUGCAUGCUUGCCUGCCCGCCCUGUCUGCUUGUUGCUUUGCCUUUUGUUAGUCCACCUCUCCUGUAUGUUUCACCACUGUCACCCUUGCCUUGCCAAAGCCGUGUGUUUGAUCAUCCCCCCUCUGCUUCAACCGCUGUCUGCUUCUUGCCAACAAACAGCCCGUGCAUCUCAGCUUACGCUUUGUGCUGCUGGGCUGCUAUGUGGCUGGCUGUUGGCACACAUGAAGCAUGCGUGGUGAUGUGAUGGGUCCCGUGUUGCUGUCUGUUGCAAUGCCUGUGAUGAUCCUGUCAUACACGUGCACUUUCCUUG